AUGAUAUAAUAGUAAAGAUAGGUGUUGAAUGAUAAUGAUUUGCAUACACUAAUAUACAAAGGCGAAAUUGGUAUCAAUCAAUUACUCAUUUCUAGAUUGUCAGGUAUGCAUUUAUUGGAUGUACUCUCUAUUUCCAAUUUCCACAGUCCUGAUGCCUCGAUUAAAGAACAUUUGUUUAAAACUGUUAAAUAAAAUUACAAAUCAGAUUAAGAAUUUCCAAAACUAAUUUAGAGAUAUGAAUUAACACUUGCAAUAAUAGAUAGUGAAUUGCUAAAUGAAAAAGUAUUUUUAAUCACAAAUUAAUUUUUAGUAAUAUAUUUCUCUAUAUGCAACCAUUAUGAAAACAAAGAUUAAAGAAUUCUUUACUAAUUAAAAGAACUAAUUAUUUUGUAAUGUUUAUGUUCCCCCUAAAUACACUAAAACUUUAAAGAUAUUUUGUUAUAGUCCAAAUUUGACAGGAUAUUUACCAUUAGUUACAACAGAUCAAAUGAAUAAUUUAAUUAUGAUGGAGGAAAAGACAGCAUAGAUAGAUAAUUAACAAUAAAUGAAAUGCUAUACAUUUGAUUAGAUAUUCUAAGAUGUAAAUAUAUGAUAUAAUAAACUAUAGAUUGUACUACCUUAAAUAAAUAAUACACCAGAAAAAGAUUAGUAGAAACUUGUUAGAAGACAUAAGAAAUCAUUAUCAGAACAUUAAAUUUUUGAUUUUUAAAGGGAAUAAAAAGAAUAAUAAAUUAUCACUUAAAUUUAAUCUAUUCCGCAAGAUAGAGCAUGUAAAUAUAUAUAUUUAAUUUAGUGUUUUUUUCAUAAACAAAAUAACAAACUUUUAUUUAAGAUGAUUAUUAAUUUCCAUCAUUAGAUUAGAUAAAUUCAUUUAAACCAUUUUCUAUUUAAGAAGAAAAGAAAAAAAUUGAAUAGUCUUCAUAAUAAACUUCAUUUAAUAUAUAAAGAUAUGAAGAUGGAAUUCCAAAUCUUGAUGAUCUAGAAUUCUUUCCUCCUUUAGAUUUAGUAUCAACUGCUAGUUGUCCUUCAUUAAAUAAUAAAUUAUAAAUGACAGACUAAAAGAAAUAAUCAACUAAUCCAAUUUAUACUGGAAGACUUAAAUUUUUUGAUGAAUAAAAGAAUUAUGGAUUUAUUGUUAUGGAUGAAGAUAAAUCAGAUAUAUUUGUUCAUUUAGAUGAUUUAUAAAAGGCUGGAGUAACUAAAGAGACUUUAAAAACUUCAAAGUAAGGUUCAUUGUUAAGGUAAUAAUCAUAAUAAUAAAGAAUAGAUUUUAAUUUAAUUGUAUGGUGUAUGUUGGGAAAUAUAAAAAAUCAAGAAAAGCUGUUGAAUUGAAAUUACUAGCUAAUUAAUAAGUUAAUAAUUUCAAAGAGAUUAUCUGA